CAGUAAAUCACGAAAAGUUUGGGGUCUCUAUGUAAAUUUCCCAGGGUAAGUAGAUGGACCAACCCCUGAAGUCAACAAAAAAAUAUUUUUGUCCUAACGCUCAAUUUCAAAAAGCUUUAUUUGUGGUUACAGAUCUCAAAUGGCGUCGACACCAACGGAACAGGAGCUUUGACUAAUUCAAUUCCACACCAAAACCUAGUCCCAUCGCAAAAUUCCAAAACGCUGGAAAAAGAACACAUCUUGGGAGUUAAAAAUCCGAAUAACUUCCAAAUUCCGAUAUCUCCACACUCCCACUUCUCCCGUUUCUCAAUUUGUCAACUGCAAGCGGUUCCGCGCAAUCCCAUCCCUUUCAUCCACUUUGAAUCUUCGAUUUCUAACCUUCUCUGGCAUCUCAAUCCGCCCCCGCCCCUGCCCCUCAAUCAAUCAAGAACCGCCGGGAUUCUCGAUGGCCGGACCACCGCCGGACGUCUUCUUUGACACUGAUGGCGGCAAUUCCUCGGCCACUGCUGAGGAAGAAGAAGAGGACGGAAGAGGAGCCGUGGGGUGCGGUUCCUCUCAGCCGCCGGAGGAGCCGGCGAGGCAGUGGAGGGAUCUGUUCUGGCUCUUCGUCUUUGUGGUCCAUCUCCUCGCCUUCGGCUCCCUACUGUUCCUGCUCGGCAUGAAUCGAUUCGGGAAGGUGGAUCGGUUCAAAAUUAACCGAUUCACUAACAUUACCGCCCCCGCACCUUCCGCCGGCGGUGGGGACCCAUCUUCGCCGGAGCUGACGGAGAAGUUCUGGCCGCUGUACGGGGCGGCUGGAGCGGUGGGGACGGUGCUGGCGUGGGCUUGGUUGGCGUUGGGAUCGAGGACUGGUCUGAUGAUGAAGGUUUCGGUGCAUAUACUCACCACCUACCUGGCCGUGAUCAGCGUGCUUUGUUUCUGGGGGGAACAUUUCUUCUGGGGCGUCGCUUUCGCUGUUGGGGCUGCGCUUCAGUUUCUGUAUGUGAUGUCGGUUUUAGAUAGGUUCACCUUUUCAAUGUUAGUAUUGCAAAAGUCUGUAAAAAUGGUUCGAGAUCUUCCGGAAGUUAUGAGAGUAGCCUACGCAUUUUUGUUCGUCAUGCUUGGUUGGAUGACCUUAUGGUCAUUCGGAGUAUCAGGUGUUAUUGCGUCAAGCAUGAACGAUAGCGUAACCUGGUGGCUUCUUGUGAUUUUUUCUGUGAAUUUAUUCUGGACUGGAGCUGUUCUUUGCAAUACAGUUCAUGUUAUAGUAUCUGGGAUGGUGUUCCUCGUUCUCAUUCAUGGCGAUCGAAGCUCGGCGUCGAUGCCUAAAAAACCGCUGCUCAAAUCGCUACGCUUUGCCAUGACCACUUCGUUUGGAAGCAUUUGCUAUGGUUCGCUUUUCACGGCUGCCAUUAGGACAUUGCGAUGGGAGAUAAGAGGAAUUCGUUCGAAGAUCGGAAGCAAUGAAUGUUUGCUUUGUUGCGUUGACUUCCUAUUUCACCUUGUAGAGACAUUAGUUCGUUUCUUCAACAAGUAUGCAUAUGUUCAGAUUGCAGUUAAUGGAAAGGGCUUCAAUCACUCAGCUAGAGAUGCCUGGGAGUUAUUCCAGUCUACCGGGAUUGAAGCACUUGUUGCCUAUGAUUGCUCUGGUGCUGUACUUCUGAUGGGCAUUAUUUUGGGUGGUUUAGUUACUGGAACUUGUUCUGGAGUUUGGACAUGGUUUAGAAAGAGUGAGGAGGUGCUGAUGGUUGGCUCUACGGCAAUCUUGAUGGGAAUGGUCUUGGUGGGAUUAGCAGUGGUGGUGGUGGAGAGUGCAGUGACAUCAAUAUACAUAUGCUUUGCAGAAGAUCCUUCUCUGAUUCAGAGAUGGGAUGCAGAAUUCUUCGAUCAGAUGUCCGAAGCUCUGCACCAGCGCUUGCAGUAUCGCAGCGCCCGCGCGCGCCAGAUUCUCAUGCGUGACAGAUUUGAUCAGCGCUCUGAUACUCCAUCACUCUGAUCAUCAAACAACCCAAAUAAAAAAAAGAUAGAAGAAAAAUCACUAAGUGUAGUUCAUUUAUAU